AUGACAAAUUUGCUUCUCUUGGGUUCUCUACUUUUCCUACUGUCCAGAGUUCUGCCUGUCACUUCCGUUCUGAUAGUACACGAAGGAGGUUCUUGUGGCUAUAAUUCUAUCCCUUCUCGGAUGACAGUCGACAAAGAAGGAAGACCUGGUUUGUUCGAUAUCGAAUAAUCAUUGCACAAGAUUUUUCAGAAGUAUCCUGUGAUAAACCAUCCUGUUUGAACUCAAAAGCUGGAGUUGUGGUAAAACUUCGUUUUUGGAUUGGUCUCAUAUUUCUAUUAAUUUCAGCAUUGUGACUCUUACAAAGAGACGGUUUGUGCUGAAGAUUCUCAAUAUACAGCUGGUCUCAUUGAAAUUAACAAUGGAACUCACAGAACGUUUUUACUUUCUCAGAAAUUUUUAUAACUUUUAAGUUCAGCCUAAAAACGGAAUGUUGCUCCAAUGAUCAAAUGAUUCACGCUGAAGCAAUAAAAAGCAUUUUCAUGGGUCCUGGAGAAACGUGAGGAAUACUUGAGAAAAUGACAGAUUUUUUCAACUUUUCAGGUACACUGGAGGCUACGUCGAAAAAGAUGGCCGUGUUGAAGGUUUUGACCUGAUCAAAGAAGUCAGGAAGACCGUCAACGUUGAAAAUGAGUUAGUGAUCCGAAACAUUUUUGUAAAUUUUUUUAUUUGCUUUGAUAGGGUGCAAUAUAUUCUAGCGAUUUAUCGCAUACCAUGCGGAAUGGAUUCUUCAGAACAAGGUAGGAAUUUUGCUCUAGGAAGGUGCCUUCGUAAUGAAUAAUUUCAGAAGAUGUUGUUGCCAGGUUUUCUAGAAACAAGCGUCGGCUCCGAUUUUAUCCUGAUGCGGCUUUCGAUGAUGGAAUGUGAGAUUUUUAAAAGGAUCCUUACUGUUUUUUGAUCUUUUUUUGUAUAAAUUAUUAGGCUAUGGUAGGGGUAAAUAUUAUUCUUACUGUUUUAGAAGUUUUUUUGGCAACAAUAUUUGUCAUUUUUUUCAUUUUUUUCAAACCUUUGUCAAUUAAAAAUAUUCAAAACUGAAGCAGAAUAAAUAAUUUUGAGAAGUUCAAAAGUUUAACUCAAAUCUUAGUAACGCGACAAUUCUCAACUUUUUGCAAUCGUGUCCAAGAAUUUUCGAUCUUUAAACGCUUAUUUUGCGUUCAUGCUUAUGUAUUUCUGUAUUUUCAGUAAAUGUUUUUUCUGUGGAUUACCAAAAGUUAACAUUUUUCUGACUCUCACUAAAUUCGAUUUUCAAAAAUUUCUCGGAACCAAAUUAUAAAACCGUUCGAAAACAGUUUUCCAAGCCGAAAAACUUGAAACUACUUUGCAGCGGACGUCGACGAGCGUAUUCUGCGCGAGGGAGAUCGGCGUUCCGUUCUGCUCGGAGAAGGCCAUCGAGUCUUCGGCGGAGGGCCAUGUUCCGUCACAACGACGAUUACUACGACUACGACUACGAUUAUCCUGUCAUGAGGCGUCCGAUGUAUAGAAGGUCGUUGAACACAAAUAGCGCUGUCAAAACUUAUACGAUUUCAGAAACCGCGUUCGAUCGGAAGACCGUCUCUGGCCCGUCUACUACCCCAAGGCAAGAGCCUUGUCCGCCAAUACCCAAAUCGAUGAGAAUAAGGUCAGAAAAAAGUGGAAAAGUCAGAUGAGUUCAAAAUGAAAUCAGGUUUUUGUUACACGGGGUCUUUGAAGCAUAAGAGUCUUACGAGGAAAGUCAGUUUAGUUCAAAUCACUUAAACUUUCUUAUAAACUUUCCCAUGUGUUCUGUGAAACCUAGAAAUUAGCAACGCUUGAAGAGUGGUGAAUUUGAAGUUCCAGUUUCUAGCCCGAAUUAAUGGAAAAAAACUGUUUGUUGCAUCUUCAAUGUAAGAGUACAUGUGCAAUCGACUUUCAUUGAGUUAACUGUGUUUAAACGGCGACAGGAGCUGUGGCUUAGGCAGAGAAGUUGUGAAUUGGCUCGUAGAACAUCAGGUACAAGAAGAUUAAUGGAAAAUGACCCUGAAAUAGUUAUUUUUUUGAAACUACGAAGUUAUCAACUUUUUUACUCCCAUGAUCUUUAUCUAGUACUGCGAGGAUUUUCAGGUUAAUUUUUGUUUAUCAAGUUGAAAAUGAUGAUGAUAAUGAAAAGAAUGUUUUUUCAUUUCCUUUGUUUCCAGAUAGCCGAUGAGCUCACUUCUCUUCCGGCCCCUGAAAUUCGUCCAGAAGCUCGUUCAGCGAGCACCUACGCGGAAAAUGCCGAGGUUUCUUUGUCAGCGCCAGGUCCCAUCCCACCCCCUGAUUCAAACUUUAUAGACGUGAGUUAUAUGAAGAAAAUCCUUUUGAUGAGACGGAGUUUCAGACCGAAGUUGCACCUGCUGUUGAUAAUUAUGCUGCAGGGAAAGCUCAACUACCUGGUGCGUGAAAGAUAAAAUCUUUUUUCAGUAGAGAAGAUAUGAUUCAGUAGUCGUGGAAAGCUAUGCGAGCCAGCCAGUUGCUCCUCCCAGCCUCAACAGUUUCGGCAACCUCAACAAUCAACCUUCUCUCCUCCAGGCUUCAUAUCCGUCCUACCCAUCCUACUCUUAUCCCGCGUCUUACCCUUCCUAUCCGUCAUAUUCAUAUCCAUCUUACUAUGUGAGUACUUUUUUCCUAAUCUCCGAGAUUGAGAAUUUCAUCUUUUGCCACUCUAAAACUUACUUCUCAGACACCGCCCAACCUCAAUGCCAUGUUAGGCGGAGGAAACUCGCCGUUCACUUGUUUUAGUGGGGAUAUGGAGGUUUGAUUUCAGAGUGACAUUUAGAUAUCAUUAAGUAUUCUUCAGGUUGAAACAGAUCGCGGAAGCAAGUUAAUUAAAGACUUGAAAGUCGGUGACAUGGUUCUAAGUAUGGACGAGUCGAUGGCAAGUUCGACAGGUGGUAUUUAAAUACCUUGGAAGCUUGCAGGUGACCUUUGCGCCAAUCAUCAUGUUUUUGCAUAACGUAUCGGACCAAGUCGCCGACUUCAAUCAUAUUGAAACGGUUCGAAAUCUUCUCAGUUGCUGAGUAAAACAAAAGUUUUAGGCUGGAGGAGACUCCUUGAAAUUGACCGACGAACAUCUGAUAUACAUCAGCGAGUGCGCGCCCAACAAAGAAAUGAAGUAUUUUUGAUAUUCAAAGCAUAAUUUUUAAAUAAUGCUUGAGGAUGAAAUCGGCUAAAGACGUGAAGGUUGGGGACUGUGUUCACAUCGCGAGCAAAGAAAACACCAUCCGUCGACAUCGAGUCGAGAGCGUGAAGAAAGUGAGAUUUUUCUAUUUGAAAAAGAUACAGAGACCUGAAGAAAUAUAAAAUUUCACGCAAUUCCCAUAACACGGACUGCAAACUUCGAAUUGCUCCCUUUCUUGCUAAUCGACUUUUUGAAAAUGUAAAGUUAACUAAUGAGCGGUCCUAGAGAUAAAAUAUUAUUUUAUGAGCUUGUUGGAGCGUUUACUAAAAUCAUCUAAUGAUCAAGUUUUUUUUUUUCAAAGCUUCAGUUGUGAUCUUUUAAUGUAAGUUUUAAAUUAAAUCCCACGAUUAUGAGAGCUUCCAGGUGCGUCAAAUUGGGAUUUAUUCACCUCUCACUUCUACUGGAGACAUCAUCGUAAACCGAUUUUUGACGUCAUGUCAUUCCAAUGUGGCUUUGAAGACGUUACAGCAGACUUUUUUCACCGUGUACAAGAAAACCACCGUUUGGUGGAAGAAUCUAUUCAUCUCGAAUCUCAUGGAUGAAGAAACAGACCUUCCAUACGGCGUUGAAAGCCUCACCUCUGUUCUCGACUUGUUCAUACCGAACAGUUUGUUGUAG